GAGAGUGAGAAAUUUGGAGUUUGAAUAAUGGAGAGUGAGAAAUUGAGUUUGAGUAAUGGAGAGUGAGAAAUGGAGUUUGAGUAAAAGAGAGUGAGAAAUUUGGAGUUUGAGUAAUGGAGAUUGAGAAAUGGAGUUUGAGUAAUGGAGAGUGAGAAAUGGAGUUUGAGUAAUGGAGAGUGGAAAAUGGAGCUUGAGUAAUGGAGAGUGAGAAAUGGAGUUUGAGUUAUGGAGAGUGAGAAAUGAAGUUUGAGUAAUGGAGAGUGAGAAAUUUGGAGUUUGAGUAAUGGAGAGUGAGAAAUGGAGUUUGAGUAAUAGAGAGUGAGAAAUGGAGUUUGAGUAAAAGAGAGUGAGAAAUGGAGUUUGAGUAAUGGAGAGUGAGAAAUGAAGUUUGAGUAAUGGAGAGUGAGAAAUGAAGUUUGAGUAAUGGAGAUUGAGAAAUGGAGUUUGAGUAAUAGAGAGUGAGAAAUUUGGAGUUUGAAUAAUGGAGAGUGAGAAAUGGAGUUUGAGUAAUGGAGAGUGAGAAAUGGAGUUUGAGUAAUGGAGAGUGACAAAUGGAGUUUGAGUAAUAGAGAGUGACAAAUGGAGAUUGGGUAAUGGAGAGUGAGAAAUGAAGUUUGAGUAAUGGAGAGUGAGAAAUGGAGUUUGAGUAAUGGAGAGUGAGAAAUGGAGUUUGAGUAAUGGAGAGUGAAGAUGGAGUUUGAGUAUUGCGAGUUUGAGCUGGCUGAAUAAUGCAGCUUACGAAGAGUUAUGUCAGUGUUCUAUAAAGACUAAAAAAAUCUUCAUAAAGUAAAAAGUUCAAGUAUGAACGAUAAAAUGAUUCAGCACACCUUGGUAUGUUGGGAGUGAUAUUGAGACAUUCAAAUAACACUGCUAUCCCACGUCAUACCUUUAUAUUUUUUCUAAAUUCAAUCUUGAUAAAUUACCAACUCCGUUCCGAAAUCCAUCAAGACAGCUUUUUGAAUGUUGUAUUUGUAUAAGAUAACACCCACCCGGAAACCUGACAAUGUUUACGUUACGCUGUCCACAUCAUACGUUCACAACUCUCACCAAAUCAGGGAAUGGUUUUGAUGUUAAGUAAUGACAUCUAAAUGUUAACUGUAAUGUUGAACGAUUAUAACACGUAAAAGGCUAGUCCACACCUUCUUUAGACCUCAGAGGUACGCUAUUUACCUGGGAUUACCUUUCCUUACAGCCGAGGAAUGAAAAUUUAAUAACAUAAUAUCCUUAACUAGAUUCCCUUGCUAGAACAUACCCUAUCCAAGCUACUACAGAAAUAUCAAACAUAUCGGGUUAAUACACCAGGAUAUAUUAGUGAUAAUGAUAUGUUGUUUGAUAAGUCUAUUGUAUGCUUGGUUAGUUAAUAUGUGUUUGUGGUACCAGUGUGCUGGAGAAAGGUUAAGUGGGUGUAUAGGCUGCAAGGAAAAGGUUUAGCUGAAGUAGAACGCUUUUAAUAAAAAUGUACAAUCGAUCGACUAUUCGCCCCCACGUUGCAUAUAAGAAAACGCCCUUCGACGGCUAGAAAGGAACACCGUCCUGGUAUGUCAGUUUGUUUUAUCAACAACAAUGAUAGUUUAAACUUAAUGUUUUUUCAAAAGUUAUAAGCAACAUGUUAAACUUGCAUUAAUCAAUCUUGUUGGCCCGGAUUGAGAAACAACGUAUACAUUAACGUGUGCUAAUUAUUACAACAAAUCUACAUUUUUAAGGGGAAAAUUAAUUGGUUUUUGUUUAAAGGAAAAGUAAUAGUAUAAUCAUUUCCUCUCGCUAAAAAAUAGCAAACUCUAUUAACUCCAAAGAUAGCUAUAAUACUCUAUGUUUUUAUAUUAGACACAAAAUCACGUCAGAUGAAGUGUUUCCCGUGACCUUUGUGGCCUUUAACUCUCGUGUUGACAACGCGGGUGUAACUAGUGAUCCUCUAUGUUUGCAAUUAGAUACCGAUGUAUUCACACAUAUACCCGUACCUCUGGCCGAGACAGGUAUGCGCAUGCGCAGGUGCGUGAAACGCCUUGCCGACGGAAAAUGAAGACAAUGUCGGGAGCUGCGCUGCUACUUUGUGUAUUACUUAACAUGAUGAAAAAGACAGAUUCAUUACGAUGCUAUGCCUGCGCAGACUCCGGACGAUGUGACACUUCGUAUAACGCUUUAAUACACGACAGAAAUAAGGGGGGUUACUUUAACAGGAACUGUUCAGCUCCCAACCAGCAUUAUUGUAUGAUAGAAAGUAUCAAAAAGGCAGACAAAGAUGUCAGCUUCAUACGAGACUGUAGCGACGGUCACACAUUUUCUUACAUGGACAUUCCCCGUCUAAAGACUGUUCUACCUAACAACCAAUCAACGUGCGCCUACUAUCAGGCCUUUGUGGUCUGCAUCUCCGUGUGUCGUACAGACUUCUGUAACGGCCCACAGGAGGGAAUAUCACGUGCCAGUAGUGUUACCACAUGGCCGCUUACGUUGGCACUUUUACUUUGUUGGACUAUUUCCUAACGUGAGGACAGAAUGUACCAUACUCGGAGUAUCACUUGAACUGAGGUCAGAUUCGUCAAGUCAUGUGAACAAGGAAAUGAUAUUUUUAAGUGAUAAUUUUGCAACAUGUUGAAUGCUGUGAAUAUACUUUAAGUUGGCAUGGUCGUGUCAUCAAAACUUUAAGAUGGCAUGAACUUGUCAGUAACAUGUGAUUGAGUGAAUGGCUACUGUUGUUACCAAAGAGGAUUUACAUUUUGUGUGUGGGCACUUGUUUUUGUCUUCAGUAUUUCCUGAUGAUAACAAAAACAAAACAUCUGAUAUAGGCCACAAAGCUAUUAAUGAUAUACUUUACAAUAUAUACGCAACGCUUAAUGACACGAAAUGACGUGUUCUUCUGAUCUUCAAUGUAUUUAGUUAGAAUUAUGUAAAAGCUUCUGUAUCGGUUUUGUAUUAGUCACCAUUUGCAUCAAAUGGAUAUUUUCUAGAUACCUGCUUAUGCAAUAUAUUUUUGUAUUUUGAGUUUUUUGUAUUGUCUAAAAGUGUCCUCGUGCUACGUGUGGUUGUUGUUCUAUAAAGCUUUCCACGUGUUAGUUUUGCUGUUAUAUGAGCAUGUCAUCAUGUAUUUUUGUUUUUGAUUUCUUUUGCUGUAUUAACGUAGAUCAGUGCUUGUUUUUAUAAGAAGAUACAUGUUAUAUAUAAAUAAAUGUAAAACAACACAUGCUACAUGACAGUUUUUCAAUUUC